UCUGGGUUUGGAUCCGUCAGUGCAUGAAAACACAACUGCAGCCCCGAUCAGCCCUCUCUCUCUCUCUCGCUCUCUGGGCUGAUGCAGUGGAGCCGAGGCUUUGCAGGAGUCUUGGCCUCUUCGGGGCUUCCACAGCUGAGCUGUCAGACGGACACACCUUCAGCGUUUCAGCACGUGUCACAGCUCAGCGUGACAACUCCUAGAAGUACCAGGAAGUGUGUUCACCUCCCGCCUCAGCACACUUGCAUAACUGCUGUAGUUUUAUUAAUAGUUGCACCUGCAUUUGUAUUUGACAGCAAAUAAUUGUAAGAAUAGGUUUUGAAUUAACUGUUUCCAGCAGCACAAAACGACUGCAGGAAGUCUGGGAUAAACUUUAAAGACACCUCUGCUGUAACUUCUACAUGGAGAUUAGUUCCCAGUCAGUUAAGAGGCCUCCACUUGUCUCAGGUCAGUCGUUAGCCACAUGGCUAACCAUAAGGCGAGGAGUGGGUAGCGGGCGGCCCCGCCCGUCUGGCUCAUUCUCUCAUGCUUGAUUUGAGUGAUUCCAGGAGGAAAUGGUGUCCAUGUGGUGAAGAUGGCUCAGGAAUGGCUGGAAGUGACGUCUGCGUCCAUCAGCCUACAUUCUCAUUGGGAUAAAUAUCAGGAGGGACGAGCAGGUGGUCCAGAGGAGCAGGUGUUGAACCGCAGAGCCCUCAGUCAGGACGGGUUUCCGCCGGAACAGCUCCACAGAACCGGCCUCUGCACGACGGGAGGCUCCUCUGGUCUGAGACGCCGUGUGAGGGAGGGUCCUCCGGCCGCUUCUUCACGAUGAAAUCCAUCAGAACUGUUUCUCACUGGAUGAUACGACUGUCCCUUGUGGGGCGUUGAGACCUUUGGCUGUGUCUUUCAGUGGUUCUGGCACUGAUCAGUCCAGGGUUUUGGGUCUCACCCAGCAUCUCAGAGCCCGUUUUCUUUUGUGACCCGCCCCUCAGGUUCCUUAUUGGUGAGCCUUUGAUGGAGGUCUUUCUCAACUCUCCUACAUCCAGAGACAAAAGUUCACUCUGCCACCAGCUGGUCCUGGCAGCCUGUCUGCCUGUGGCUUAAAGUUUUGGUCGUGAACAGUCUGUUUUUCAGUUUCAGUGUCUUGCUCUUGUUUGUUCUUUGUGUCUUUUGCACACCUUUUGUUUUUUGGAGAUUUUUAACAAAACGUUAAAGACUUGUGAACAUAUGUGACCAUCAUCCAGACUGAGCUCCACGCCAUCUGACCUUCUAGCAGAAAUGACGUAGAGGUCGUAAUACAAGCUUGUGCAGAAAUCUGGGCUCAAACCAUUUCGGCAUAUAGAGAGGGCCUCACAGCUGCUCGCUCUGCGUUUGCUUUCUGAGACAUCUUCAUUCUGAUGUGAAUUCUUAUCUGCACUAAACCUGGUUGGAGGGACGUUUCUGGUGUGUCUCCUGCCUCAUUUUUAUGGCUAGAUUCAUGCUUCCACCAAGAAACUGCACUUUGCCACUACAGCAGGGUCCGCUGGAGAACCCGUACCUCAUCCCCACACCGAGCCUCCAGACCCGGGUCCACUGGAGAACCUGACUGUCUCAUAGAAGAUGUCCUGAAGUGAUGGAUCGAUAUCGAUAUGUUUGGUCAGAGCAGCUCAGCACCUGGAGGGCCGCUCCAGUCUGCAGUGGGAACUGCCCAUCAGAAGUUGUACAUGUCCAUCUUCGGCCUGUACCCCGGCCACGACGACUUCUACCUGGUGGUGUGCAGCCACUGUGGUCAGGUGGUGAAGCCGCAGGCCUUCGAGAAGCACUGCGAGCGGAGACACGGGCCCCUGGCCAAGCUGUACGCCCGCCUGCGCUCGCCCGCCCCCGCGGCCCCGCCCCUGCCCCCGCCGCCGCCGCCGCCGCCUCAGCAGAGACCCCACCACGGCCACUCGCCGUCGCACGGGACCAACGCCGCGCCCGCCUCCCCGUGGGAGGCCCGGGGGCCGGCGGCGGGGCCGCUGCGGGCCGCGCCGCCCUCUCCCUCCACCCCGCCGCAGUACAGACACUCCAAGAACCCCAAGGACGGAGUCCGACAUUCCCCGCUGGAGAAGUCGUCCCACAGCAGCAGCGGCCACUCCGAGCUGUCGGUGUUCAAGCAGCCUCCGCCUCUGGAGCCUCCCAUCAGCUCUCCUCCUCCGUCGCUCAGAGACCCGCCGUGGCCGCACGGGGGCGCCCCGCCCGGCCGGCCAUCGCCCGGCGACCGCCACCCCGUGCAGAGGAAGGAGCCCUCCCAGCCGCUGCCGCCGCCGCCGCCGGGCCACCGGAUCCCCCGGACCUACAACAAAGUGGCCUCCAAGAGGGAGUGUGACCUGGACAAACACUGCGGCGUCCUCGACCCCGACAGGAAGAAAGUCUGCACCCGCCUCCUCACAUGCAAUAUCCACUCCAUCCACCAGCGGAGGAAGGUGCUGGGCCGCAGCAGGAACUUCGACCAGCUGGUGGCGGAGCUGAAGACCAGGGUUCGAGAGAAGGGGGCCCAAGCCCUGGAGGGGGGCUCCUCCACGGGACGCUCCCCAAGCCCCGAGGCCCCCCGGGAGCAGGCCGGAGCGCCGCACUGCAGGAGACCGCUGGCCAGCCUCCCUGCCUUCAGCCGCUCCGCCGCCGCUUCAGAGAGCGGCGCCGACGAGGAGAAGCCGCGGCACGACGAGCCCGGCCCGCGAGCGCCGUCGCCCCUCGUGCACGGACGCAUCUCCAGCGACGAGAGCGAGGCCGAAGCGGCCGAGGAGCCCGCCGACUUCCCGUCGUCCGCCUCGCACCCCAGACCGGCGGCGGUCUGCGCCUUCGGCAGCCGCUCCGUGGGUCACGGCAUCUUCACGUUCGACCGGAGGCUGCAUCACCUGCGGUCGGCGCUCAGCAGCAUGCUGGAGCAGCACAUCAGCGCCCAUCUCUGGAAGAAAAUACCUCAGGCCACGGACCUUCAGGCUCCUCCUCCUUCGGUCAAGACCAUCACAUCUUCAUGCGCGCCCUCGACAGGCUCCGCCUCCUCGCUGCACCCCAAGGUCCGCACAGGAAGUCACAUCAGCUCCUCCAUGAAAGCCGCCUUGUCGCUGUCUUCCUCCAGCCGCGGGCCGGGCAGGCCGUCCACCGGCGUCCCCUCGGAGAACUCGGGGGGCGGCGGCGGGCACGCGGGCUCCCCGGGGAAACCGGCGGCGGUCCGUCAGGCCGGGUCCUCCAAGAACCCGGUGGGCCGUCCCAGUAAGCAGAUGCUGAAGCUGCGGGAGGAGGCGGCCACGGCGGCGGCGCUGCGCAAGCGCAAAGCCCCGUCCCAGGAGGGGGAGCACUCGGGCCCCGACAGGAACUGCAUCAUCCUGCAAGACCGGGGCCGCCCCCCCUCCGCCUCCUCCGCCUCCAAAAACCCCCCGCCCCCCCCUCUCCCACACGGACAGACCAACGGCACGCUGUCUCCCAGCAGCAAGCCCCGCCCCCAGCCCUCCCCCUCGGAGUCCCACUCGCCAGCCGCCAAGGGGAUGUGGACUUACAGGAAGACUCACCCCCCUCUGGGCCACUCCUCGCCCCCCGACCCCUCCCCCGCCACCAACUCCCACGGCCGCACCGGCGUGGGGGACUCAGGACUGCACGGGCCGGGCGGCGGGCGGGGCUUCGAGCACCAGGGCCUGGUCAAGAAACGCAAGGGGGGCGGCGGCGGCGUGGAGGAGCACUCGCCUUCCUCCAAACCCACAGCACACCGCCUGCCCCCCCCCUCCUCUUCCUCCUCCUCCUCCUCCGCCAGCUCUGCCACCUCUGCCUCCCCCCGCUCCAACUUCUACCCCUGGAAGGACAGUAAGAGUGGGGGGCUCGCCGGGGGCGUGGACAAGAAACUGGGCACACAGAAGCCAAAACUGCACCAUUGAGUGUGCCUGCCUUACAAAACCACUAGGAGGAGCCAGCUCUGCUCAGCCCACCGUGAGCCAACGGACAGAGUGUGUGUGUCUGUCUGUGUGUGACUGUGUGUGUGUGUGUGUGUGUGAGAGACUGAAGGGGAGUUGGAGGGUUUGGGAUGUUGAAAUUCAGAGUAUGGAUUUAGAAAUACCUCAAGACCAUCCGGUUAUGCUGCUAAAUUAAAUAUGUUGUUUAUAAAAUAAAAAAUAAAAAUGUCA